CCUCAUGGAUCGCAAACAGAAACCUACCAGAACACGACAAAAGUUGGAGGAGUACAACGAGGAAGAGCUCGUUAUUGGAAUCUCCUCACUUAUAGAUGAUGAGUAUCCUGCUCGCGCCUGGAAUAAGGUCCUCUCGAGACAAUUAGGCUGUGAGCUUCCCGCUGACCGUUCUACACUGGAAGCCCAUCUCCAGAGUGCCACGAAGGAGAAGCUUAUCGAAUACACGAUAUCCCUUCAAACCAGUCUCGAGUUGAGAAUGUCGAAACCGAAACGGAAGCGGAAGGGUCUACGUCGCGUCCGUCACUCUGAAGUCCAGCCUAGUACACCUUCGAAGUGGUACCGAUCUAGGGAGCGAAGAUCAACAGCGCAGUAUCAAAGCAUUGCGCGUCAACCAGAGGAUUACCUGCAGCAACUCCAGGCGAAUCACCAACAACUUGGUUUGACGGAGCAAGCGUUGAGCGGAACCAAACGCGAAAAUAUCGAGCAAGAAAGCAAGAUCACCGAGCUCAGGAGGCAUCUCAUGGCAGCGGAACAAACUGUGACUAGUCAGACUAGCGAGCUCGCAACCAUGAAGCGACGUCUCCAGGAGAGAGACCAGGCGGCUGAGCAGACACUUCACAACUACAGGCAGCAACUAUCAGCGACCAAUCAGAAUCUGGUACAGGCCCAGCAUGCCGCAGAAUCAACUACAAAAGAGAUGUUGUGUACCAAAGCCACGAAAGAACAAGUGGAGAAGGAAUUCACGGAAGUCUGUCGACAAAUGAGAGAGCAAGCCACCACUUAUAGCUCAAUAGAAAAAGAGCUGGUGGAAGCUCGACGAACCAUCACCGAUCUCAAAUGCGAAGUCUCGUCGCUCCAGGAACAACUCGGUGAAAGCCAAGCACAUGCUAGAGAGCUCCUUUUUACAUCUAGGGCAGAAUUAAAGCAGGUGAAGUUGGUAUUGGAUACCGCCACACAGCAAUUGCAGUGCCACAAAACAAGGCAAGCAGAUUUUGAAGUGGAACCCUACACCGACAGUGGCCAGGAUAAACAGCAGAAACGAGGAGCAGACGGUGCAAAGCGUCAGAUGGCCGAAGUACCUACCGUCGCGGCGACAGAGGUGGCUUCUACACAGCUUGGCGAGGAUGGCCGCCAUAUCUGGAAUCAAGUCGAGCAGCGACAACAACGUGCGAAUGCGAUCAACGAUGUUCAAACGACUUUUGACCAGGACCCCGGUGCACCUCAGACGGGAAAUGACUGUUUUUACAAUCAUCAGCCAGUGGACCAGUGGGGUAUCCAAGGCCCUCCCAAUACUACAGAAGAUAACGGGAUACCAGUAACGGCUGGGCUAACCUACCUUCCAAGAUGUUGCCAGCAGGUACCGGAAGCUACGACUAAUCAAGACUGUAUACUGUGUGCAAAACAUUUCGAGGAGUUUACUUGGAUUAACGUGUCAGGAAUGGGAACGGGUUGGUGGCCGGGGCUCACGUGCCCGGCUUGUGGUGGCCCUGAAUGUGUUGGUGCGCGGGCGUUGACUGAUUCUUUUGUUGGGUUCUAGGACUAGGCCAUCAUCCGCCCUUCAUGAGCUAUAUCGUGUUUUACGGGUGUGUCUCGAGUCCGAAUAUACGUAAUCACAUUAGCUAUACUAGUUGGAGC